AUUAAAUAAAAACAGCGCUAUGAGCGAUGAAAAUAUAAGACAUAAGGUGCUAAAAUUACUUAAAUUAAGUUCUGCUGCGUUCGUCGAAAGUUAUAAAAGCAACAAUGAUGAAGAAUAUGCAGCAUCUAGAAGUAAAAUCUAUCUCCAGGAAUACACAAAUCUCAUGACAACCACCGAAUACAUUAAUCUGAUUAACAAAUCUGAUCUCAUAAAAGCCACAAAUAGGAAUGCAAAUAGUCUCCUUGGAAAACGAAAAUGUGCUGGAUCUUUUGAUUAUUCAUGCCAAAAUAAUGAAGUAAAUGAUGAGAAUGUAAAGUCACUUGUCGAAAGAUUAAAUGCCAAAAGUUCAAACACAAAUAAUGUCAGUUUUGAGAAAGAUUUCAAUAAUAUACUCGAUAGUAUCGAAAGUUCAGUUAUGGAUGUAUCAUCAAACGAAAUAGAAGACAUCCAGUCAAGCAACAGUGAAGGUAUUAUGAAUUUCAGCUUGAGUGAUCCAAUUGAUUUAGGAAGUAACAAGAAUGAAAACAAAAAGGUCGAAAAAGCUCGACGAAGUUCAGAAAAUGAAAAAGUUCCAGUAAGUCAAGCAUCAAAGGCGUUUUUUGCACCAAAAGUAGACAAGAAGGUCCUUCAUAAUCCAUUUAAAAAGCCAAAAAUUGAGAAUGACAUUUCAGUAUUCUUCACACAACAUUCACAACAACCAAAUACAAUGCAAGAAGCUAUUAAAAAGGCAGAAAGCAAAGCUAAUCCUCACACUGAGUUAACCGAAAGUGAACUAAGAAAGGAAUAUGAGCUUGAAUUCUACAGGUCACGUAUGCAAGAGGAGAAACAAAAGCAAGAAGAUGCUGCAAAGUCAAAAUUCACAAAUCCUUGGAAAAAUGUCAAAAGCAACAACUUUAAUGACUUGUUUGAGUCAAAAGAAGACAAACCCAACCUGUUCAGCACAAAAUCAACUAAUAAAAAUACUUCGAAAGAGAACUGCAUUAAUAGAAAUCUUAAUGCUGAGAAGCAACAUUCCACAAAAUCAAAUACAUUCAAAUCUCAUAUCAAUAAUAAGAAGGAUGAAGAGGAACAAAACACAAAACCAAUUAAUAAUAAUCCACUCUCAUCGUUCAGAACUGGUCAUCAAGAAUUAGAAUGGCAAAAAAAUCUACAGAAAAAAAUUCCACAAAGAGGAUUGUCCAAGAAGCGAGCAAUAACAAAUGUCAUCGAACAGCCACAAAUGCCAAAUAGCGACAUAGAUCCGCUUAAGAAAAGAUUUCAUUGCCCAUCAUUUCCAAAAGCUAACGAGAAUAAAAAGAAGGAACAAGAAGAUUCUGAAGAUGUCCACGACGAUUUAAAAGGAUUUGAUAAAGAAAUUUUAAAGCGUAUUGAACGUGAAAUUGUUAUAGACAGCAAGGAAGUAUCAUGGGAUGAUAUAAUUGGACUUGAAGGUGCAAAAAAAUUAAUCAAGGAAUCUGUCAUUCUCGCUAUUCGUAGACCAGAUUUAUUUACUGGUUUGAGAGAAAGCUCUCGUGCAAUCAUGCUUUUUGGUCCACCGGGAACUGGCAAAACUUUAAUAGGAAAGUGUAUAGCUAGUUCUUGUGACGCAACAUUCAUGUCUGUUUCAGCUAGUUCAUUGACCUCAAAAUGGAUUGGAGAGUCAGAGACAUUGGUUCGAGCAAUGUUUACUUAUGCCAAAAUUAAGCAGCCAUGCGUCAUAUUUUUCGAUGAAAUUGAUUCUUUACUCGAGAAGCGAUCAGAACAAGGAAAUGAAACAUUUAAUCGCAUCAAGACUGAAUUUCUCGUACAGCUUGAUGGAGCAAAUGCUUUAAAAGAAACGGAUAAAGUAUUGCUAAUUGGUGCUACUAAUCGUCCAGACGUUAUUGAUGAAGCAAUAUUGCGUCGUUUUACAAAAAGAAUUUUAGUUCCGUUACCAGUUAAACAAGCUAGAAUUAAUAUGUUUAGUCACUUACUUUCAAAACAUUGCCAUACAUUAACAGAUAGUCAAAUUGAUAAGAUUGCGGAUCAUUGUGAAAAGUAUUCAGGUUCUGAUAUAUCUCAGGUGUGCAAAGAAGCUGCUAUGAUGUCCAUAAGACGUCUCGAUGCUUCCACACUCGAAUCUAUGAAGGUUGACGACAUCCCACCAAUAUCACCAAAAGAUUUUGUCAAUGCUCUCAAAAAUGUCAAGCCAACAGUCUCGCAGGAAACGAUUGUGAAAUUGGACAAAUGGAACAGCAAAUUUGGAUCCUCGAUAGAUGCAAGUAGUAAUAAUGAUGUUGACGAUGACUUCUUCAAUGACUCUGAUGAAAUGUAAAGAAUUAAAUUUGUAAAAAAUAAAUGCUGUAUAGAAAUAAAGACAUUCAUACUUAAUCUCUCUGUG